UGCAGCUGUUCAUUCUUGCGAGUGAUUGUGUUGUCAGGUAGCUGUUGAUAAUUUUAGGUACACAUUUCUUGUACAGCAAAGUUCAACGAUAAUUAUCUCCUGUUAAUUAAUUUGUGACAGUAUUUAACGGCUCAGUUAUGUGUGAAAAUCCCAUCAAGAAACAGAAGAUGUCCAGCUCGUUGGAACAACUGAAAAAAUACACCACCGUUGUCGCCGAUUCCGGUGAUUUCGAAGUGAUGAAAAAGUACAAGCCGACCGAUGCUACAACUAAUCCUUCAUUAAUAUUACAAGCUGCUUCUAUGCCGCAAUAUCAGCACUUGAUAAAGAAGGCUAUAGAACACGGCAAACAAAAUGGAACUUCUAUUGAAGAAAAACUGGAGGCAACAAUGGAUAAAUUGGUGGUACUUUUUGGUUUAGAAAUUCUCAAAAUUAUACCUGGUCGCGUUUCAACCGAAGUGGAUGCACAAUUGUCUUUUAAUAAAGAAGCUAGCAUCGCUAAAGCUAAAAAAUUAAUAAAAAUGUACGAAGAGCACGGAAUUUCCAAAGACAGAAUUUUAAUAAAAUUAGCCUCAACAUGGGAAGGAAUCCAGGCUGCUAGGGUAUUGGAACAAGACUACCAAAUCCACUGUAAUUUAACACUACUAUUCUCAUAUUACCAAGCAAUAGCUUGCGCAGAAGCUGGAGUUACGCUGAUAUCGCCAUUCGUUGGUCGUAUUUUAGACUGGUAUGUAGCUAAUACCGAUCAAAAAAAGUUUGAACCAUUGGAAGACCCCGGAGUUCAAUCUGUUACCAAGAUCUACAAUUAUUACAAAAAAUUUGGCUAUAAAACCGUUGUAAUGGGAGCUUCAUUCCGAAACAUCGGCGAGGUAAAAGCGCUGUGUGGUUGCGAUCUUCUGACAAUCAGCCCAAAAUUAUUAGAAGAAUUGGAAAACAGUAACGAGCCUGUUUACGAGCAUCUAACUGAAAGUAGUGCUCGUAAAUCAGACUUGGAAAAAGUGACAUUAGAUGAAGCAUCUUUCCGAUGGUAUUUGAAUGAAGAUAAAAUGGCGAAUGAUAAGCUGUCUGAAGGAAUUAGAAAUUUUAACGCCGACGCAAGGAAACUAGAAAAAGUGUUGAGAGAAGCUUUGACAGCUUAAAAUUUUUACAAAAUGAUUAUUUAUUAGCCUGGUAUUUAUUUAUGUACUUACAUUCCAUUAGAAUGGUGUUUAUUAUUGUUCUCUUUUUUCAUUAGAACUUGAAUUUGUAAUUUAUUGUACAUGAAUUUAUGAAAUAAAAUUAUUCUAUCAAUCUGA